GGGCUAGGGGGGUGGGUGCUGAGCUCUGCAGAGAGACAGCCUGCCAUAGAUUGGUAAGGGAUACAGCAGCAGGCAAGUGUGUAGCACCCCUUGGUGCUGGACACUGGCAGCAGUGAAAGAGCUCAGGGUUCAGCACCAUGCAUUAUGCAAGAUGAAUCAUGAGCCCAGCCCUCCCCCACUCCUUCCAGAAGCAAAGAGAUCCUGCCCAACGAUUUACUUGUGAAAUUAGUAGUGAGGAGCUGAAGCCACAGAAACGUCUUGGUGCCCCAGAGGGAAGUACAGGCACUUUGUGCCACUUAUCAAAUGAUGGCACAGCUCACUGGAAAUUGCAAUGAGAUGGAGGCAAAAAUGUCAAGGCCAGUUCAAGCUCAGAGGCUGGAAGGACUGGACAAGAAUGUCUGGGUGGAGUUUGUGAAACUGGCUGCCACUUACCCAACUGUGAACCUUGGCCAGGGCUUCCCUGACUUCUCUCCGCCGGACUUCGUGAAGGAGGCAUUUGUGAAGGCUGUCAGCGGAGAGAAUGCCAUGCUGCACCAGUACACCCGGGUCUUUGGACACCCUGCUCUGGUGACCAUCCUGGCCCGCUUUUUUGGGAAGCUCCUAGGUCAAGACAUCGAUCCUUUGACCAAUGUAAUGGUGACCGUUGGGGCAUACGAGGCCCUGUUCUGUUGUUUCCAGGCUCUGGUCGAUAGUGGAGAUGAGGUGAUUAUCAUUGAACCCUACUUUGACUGCUAUGAGCCGAUGGUGAAGAUGGCUGGGGGAACUCCAGUGUUCAUACCACUGCGACCAAAAACUCCAGCACCUGGAAAACUCAUGUCCAGUGGAGAUUGGCAGCUGGACCCAGCAGAGCUGGCUUCCAAGUUUACCAGACGAACCAAGGCCAUUGUCCUGAACUCACCCAACAACCCCUUGGGGAAGGUGUUCAGCAAGAAGGAGAUGGAGAUUAUUGCAGACCUGUGUGUGAAACACGAUGUCCUGUGCUUCAGUGAUGAAGUGUAUGAGUGGCUGGUCUAUGAUGGGAAGAAGCAUAUCCGGAUUGCCAGCUUGCCAGGAAUGUGGGACCGGACCAUAACCAUUGGAAGUGCUGGAAAAACCUUCAGUGCCACAGGAUGGAAGGUUGGCUGGAUGUUUGGGCCUGAUCAUCUUGUCAAACACCUCCGAACUGUCCACCAGAACUGUGUGUAUCACUGCCCAACAGCAGCUCAGGAAGCAGUGGCUCAAGGGUUUCAAAGAGAGUUUGAGCACUAUGGGAAGCCAGAGAGUUAUUUUGUCCAGCUGCCUCAGGAGCUGCAGCAGAAGCGGGACCGGCUAGUUCAGAGCCUACUUGCUGUGGGCAUGAAGCCCAUCAUCCCGGAGGGCACCUACUUCCUGAUUGCAGACCUCUCUGACUUCAAAGCUGAAGUGCCCAAUCUCCCUGACUGCGAGGAACCCUACGAUUCUCGGUUCAUAAAGUGGAUGAUCAAGAAUAAGGGCUUAGCUGCCAUCCCCGUCUCUGCUUUCUACAGCACUGCACAGAAGAGGAAUUUUGACCAUUUAAUUCGGUUCUGCUUUGUGAAGGAGGAAGCUACGCUGAAGGCAGCAGAAGACAUACUGCAGCAAUGGAAGCUGAAGAAAACUGGUCCAUGAUCCCACUAGACAGAGUACAGGGCUUCUUUUCAUUUUGCCGUGCUCUGUUGUGUCCUGCUCCUCUUAUUGCAGCCAACGUGGUUACAGACUCUUGCCUGAGGUCUUGAUUUUAGCUAUUUACUGCAUCCCUAGAUUUCAGCCACUUCUCCUGUUUGCUCUGGCAAGAUGGUUGUCAGCCCCUGGGCCUGGUUCAAAGCUUUAUGUCACUGUAAAUUGUUCCACUGCCCCCUGGGACUGGCAACCCUGCAGGUACACUGGAAAUACUUUAUAAUUCCUAUUUAUAAUCUAUUUACCCUGGGAUUCCUGCAGAUAAAACAGAUAGCACAAAUAGCUGCCAGGUUAUUGGUGAGGAUCUUCUUUUCCCCACCUCUGAAGUCAUCAUGAGACAGGAGAGCUGGCUUAGACUUCUUGGGGGCACUUCCCCAUGCUGUUACACUUGCGUGGCGCAGGCAGAGUCUCAGCAGAACCUAGGUUUCCCAGAUGGCACUGAACAAUAUUACUGCAAGGCUGACUGGCUGAGCUCAGACAUCCUAGGUCACUGGAGUCCUUAAACCCAGCACUUUUCCCAUUGGUCCAUUCUGUUCUACCAUUUUGCAUCUCUGAAGCAAAUCACUGCGAACUGGACAACCAGCUGAUCUAGAAAACUUGUCUUAGCAAGAAGUUUAAUCUGAAACCCUGCCCAUCUAUCCUUCAAACUCCAUCAACUGUACUUUAUCAGCACCUAGCAUUGCAUUUCCCAAAUAGCAGAACAAGUGCUUUGGACCUUCAAAAAUGCUCAACAUGAGAUGCGGAGGCUAAGAAAGUAAGAGUGAGGGACUUGGCUUCCUUUUCUGUUGCCUAACAACAUCUCCAGUGCUUUACCGAAAUUCAGCUAUGAGUUGCGUGGCUUUGAGGAGAGCAGCAGAGGGCUCUGGUUUCUGUACUUGUGUUUUUCAUACACUCCCAUUUGAGAAAUGGAUUAUUUUUCACACAGCGUGGAUUAGAUUUUGAUCAUUCACCCUGUUGCGACAUCUUAAUUUAAAUAUGGGGGGGGCUAAGGUGAAAGUAAACACAUGUAAAUCAGCAUCUUAAACCAUGAUAGAGCUGUACGUAACUGUAAUGAGAAGCAUUUGUACUACACAUUUAAAUGACUAAAAUGGUCAAACAGAA